UUCCUGGGAACUUUUAUACUGAUAGCACUUGGAUGUGGAUGUGUGGGGCAGGCUGUCCUCAGCCGAGGAGCCCACGGUGGGACCAUGACAAUAUCGGUUGGCUUUGCAAUGGCAGUCACCAUAGCAGUGUAUGUGUCUGGUGGGAUUUCUGGUGGUCACAUAAACCCUGCCGUUUCAUUAGCCAUGUGUGUGGCUGGAAGAUUAAAAUGGACCAAAUUGCCAAUUUACAUAUUAGCACAACUCCUGGGAGCAUUUGUUGGAGCAGCAGCUGUCUUUGGGAUUUAUCACGAUGCCUUUAUGGAGUACAGCAAUGGAACACUUGAAGUCACAGGACCUUAUGCAACAGCACAUAUCUUUGCAACAUACCCAGCUCCAUAUCUAUCCCUCAUAAAUGGAUUUGCAGAUCAGGUGAUGUCAACAGCUGUUCUUCUUCUGGUUAUAUUUGCUAUUUUUGACACCAGAAAUAACAGAGUACCAAAGGGCCUGGAGCCAGUUGUAGUAGGACUUCUUAUAAUCGUUCUUACUUGCUCUUUGGGAAUGAACAGUGGCUGUGCCAUGAAUCCAGCCAGGGAUCUCGGCCCCAGGCUCUUCACAGCCAUUGCAGGAUGGGGAAUGGAAGUAUUCACGUAAGUAAGCCUGGAUAUGAAGUGAAAUGCUUUUGGUUAAAAUUGCUUCCUACAAAACAAAGAUCCUGAUCCAACAUGGUACCAAGUCAUACUUUAUAUACAUAUAAGUAAUUCUUCGCAUACCAGAAGCUACUCAUGCACUUUGUCAGACAUGCUCAAGGUAGUGGGCUUUAAAAAGUAUUUCCUGCUCCUAGGGCAAAUCAAACACACAUUAUCUCUAGUAUCAAUCAUUGUUCCAAGCAGGCCCUUCCCAAAAUACUGGAGAUUCCUAGAGGUCACUGAAAAUAUUAAAAAAAUGUUUUACUUCUGUUGGACGGCAGCUUUCAGUGAAAAAGGGAAAUCGUGAGAGAUUUAGGUGGGUAUAUAUAUUGAGUGUUGUAAAAAACAGACAUAUCAGAUUGAAUUAGUCCGUUAUUACUAGCGAGUUAUUGCAGACAUAUACAACAAUCUAAAAGCCUGACUUCCUGCCUGGGAGCAAAGGAGUGAAAGGAAGAAAGCUCCCUUCAUUUUCCCACAUUUCAGAGCACACUCACAAAUCUCUGUGCAUGUGUGUGUGCACGCACGCGCUCUUGGCUGGCCAGAUGCACAGCUAGUUAGUUGCACACAAAUCUACAGUUUACACAUAUUCAGUGUAAAAGCCACUCUGGGAUAUGUGAGUGAAAGUACUCUGUCAUCAGGAUUUGGAUCUUCUGGUUUAUUUUUGUAUGUUUUUUUUCCCCAGUUAUUUACAACUCUGAAUCCUCUGAAGUACCAUAGAGUGCUACAGAACUUCAGUGAACAGAGAUUUUGUUUUAGCUACUUCAGAAAGUACAUGUAAUCUGUGUUAUUAGCGUAGCUUCAGUCUGCACAUACCGUGCGCCUUAGAGAGGAGAACACAACAAAGGACUGUCUUCCUUAAUGCCUCUUCUAGUUACUUGCUGUAACAUUAACCACAGCGUUACGUGUUAGAAUCUGUAAUAUUUUAACUAAGCUUGCUGAAAGCUUGGAGUCCUGAUGGUACUGCAAUCUAUGCACAGAAUAGCUGUGAACCUCACUGCCCAAAAAUAACAUCGCACAACUGAACAAUUAAUGGCAUUUAAAAAAAAGAACACAGAAUUUCUAUGUCUGUACCAUCGUGUGCUUCCAGAAUUUAUACAGCGGAAAUGCAUCCCCAUUGUAAAGACCAUCCUAGGGACUUUAAAAGUGGGAGCAUAAAAAGAUACGAGCUCACAGGUGGGUGCCAGAAUAAACAGCAGUCUGCAGGAAGUCCAAACCAAGUCCCUGCCUUCACUUCUAAGGCUACUGUUAUAACAGAGCUCGUGGGGGUGACAGGAACACGGCUUACAGUAUGAAUGCCGGUAGGACCGAGGAAGAAUCGGGCUUUGUUAGGUACCUGGGAACAUCUCACAGGUGACGGAGUCACUGCCCAGACCCGCACCCCGAAGCUG